AUGGGCCCCUCCCGUCCUGCACUCCCACCCAUGGCCAAGCUCGGCCUGUGGUGGCUCCUUCUGACCCCAGCAGUGUCCCACAGAGCCCCCCACAUCCAAGCCGAGGAUCGCCUCUUCAAACACCUCUUCAGGGCUUACAACCGCUGGGCACGGCCAGUGCCCCACUCCUCGGACGUGGUCAUCGUGCGUUUCGGGCUGUCCAUAGCCCAGCUCAUCGAUGUGGAUGAGAAGAACCAAAUGAUGACCACCAACGUCUGGCUAAAGCAGGAGUGGAGCGACUACAAGCUGCGCUGGAACCCGGCGGAGUUCGGCAACAUCACAUCCCUCCGGGUCCCUUCGGAGAUGAUCUGGAUCCCGGACAUUGUCCUCUACAACAAUGCCGACGGGGCGUUUGUGGUGAACCACAUGACCAAGGCCCACCUCUUCUCCUCGGGCACCGUGCACUGGGUGCCCCCGGCCAUCUACAAGAGCUCCUGCAGCAUCGACGUCACCUUCUUCCCCUUCGACCAGCAGAACUGCAAGAUGAAGUUCGGCUCCUGGUCGUACGACAAGGCCAAGAUCGACCUGCAGCCGAUGGAGCAGACGGUGGACCUGCAGGACUACUGGGAGAGUGGCGAGUGGGCCAUCAUCAAUGCCACCGCCACCUACAACACCAAGAAGUACGACUGCUGCGCCGAGAUCUACCCCGACGUCACCUACUACUUCGUUAUCCGGCGCCUGCCCCUCUUCUACACCAUCAACCUCAUCAUCCCCUGCCUGCUCAUCUCCUUCCUGACCGUGCUGGUCUUCUACCUGCCCUCCGACUGCGGCGAGAAGAUCACUCUGUGCAUUUCCGUGCUGCUCUCGCUCACGGUCUUCCUCCUGCUCAUCACCGAGAUCAUCCCCUCCACCUCCCUGGUCAUCCCGCUCAUCGGCGAGUACCUGCUCUUCACCAUGAUCUUUGUCACCCUGUCCAUCGUCAUCACGGUCUUCGUCCUCAACGUCCACCACCGCUCCCCCCGCACCCACAACAUGCCCCGCUGGGUGCGGGGGCCCUUCCUGAGCCACGUGUCCCGGUGGCUCCUGAUGAAACGGCCUCUGCCACCCUUGGAACUCCAGGGCUCCCCAGAUCUGAAGCUCGAUCCCUCCUAUUGCUGGCUGGAGACCAACAUGGAUGCGCAGGAGAGGGGGGAGGAGGAGGAAGAGGAGGAGGAAGAAGAGGAGGAAGAGGAGGAGGAGGAGGAGGAAGAGGAGGAAGAGGAGGAGGACAGAUGGGUGUCAUCCUCCUCCAUGGAUGUCCUCUACAGCCAUGGUGGUCUGCACCAAAGGGUCUCCGGUCCCAAGGCCAAGGCCCCGUUGCAGAAGGGUGGGCUCCUGCUGUCACCUCGCCUGCAGAAGGCACUGGAAGGCGUGCUCUACAUUGCUGAUCACCUGCGGUCUGAGGACGCCGACUCUUCAGUCAAAGAAGACUGGAAGUACGUGGCCAUGGUCAUUGACAGGAUCUUCCUCUGGCUGUUCAUCAUCGUCUGCAUCCUGGGGACCGUGGGACUCUUCCUGCCCCCGCUCCUGGCCGGAAUGAUCUGA